AUGUCACUCAUUCCUAGCAUUUUUGGUGAGCGAAGAACCAACGUGUUUGAUCCAUUUUCUCUAGACAUAUGGGACCCUCUUGAUGGGUUCUUCACCUCAGCCGUGGCCAAUGUGCCCUCUUCAGCUCGUGAAACAUCUGCAUUUGCAAAUGCAAGAAUCGACUGGAAGGAAACCCCAGAAGCUCACAUUUUCAAAGCUGAUCUUCCGGGGCUGAAGAAGGAAGAGGUGAAAGUUGAAGUUGAAGAGGGUAGAGUUCUUCAGAUAAGUGGAGAAAGGAGCAAAGAGCAAGAAGAGAAGAAUGACAAGUGGCACCGCGUGGAGAGGAGCAGUGGGAAGUUCCUGAGGAGGUUCAGGUUGCCUGAGAAUGCAAAGAUGGAGCAAGUGAAAGCUAGCAUGGAGAAUGGAGUGCUCACUGUGACUGUUCCUAAGGAGGAGGAGAAGAAGCCUGAAGUUAAGGCCAUUGAGAUUUCUGGCUAAUUAAAUCAAAAUGCUUGUUCCGAGAUUGUGUUUAUUUCGUUGGUUUUCCAGUUAAUUGUCUGAAAAAAAAAAA